AUGCCAGGCUUCUCCUCCUGGGCCCCGCGGGUGCCCCUCCCCGCUUCCCGGUUCCGUGCAGCGCCGGGCAGCUCGCGGCGGCAACGCCAGAGGUCGGUGGUGGUGGCGUUGGCAGAGGGCCGAGGUAUCGCUCGGGGCGAGGUCGGCCUGGCCAGCAUCGACCUGCGCUGCCCCGAGCUGGUCCUGUGUCAGUUCCCCGACAGCCAGCCCUACGUCAAGGCGAUCACCAAGCUGCAGGUGCUACGCCCACUGGAGGUGGUGAUGCCCCACACGGCCUGCAACCCAAACGCCAGCAAAAUGUUCACCCUGCUGAGGGACUACUUCCCUGAGGCCCACGUGACCACGGUGCUGAGGAAAUACUUCAACGAGGAGCGGGGCAUGGACGCCGUGCGAAGGCUCUGCGUGCCCCACAUGGCCACCGUGCUCAUGGACGUGCAGGGGAAAUACUACUGCCUGGCUUCGCUGGCGGCGCUGCUGCAGUAUGUGGAGUUCAUCCAGGGCGUGGUGCUCGCCCCGGCCUCCGUGCGCGUCUCCUUCUGCGGCAGUGAGCGCACCGCCAUGAUCGACGGCACCACGGCCGCCAACCUGGAGCUGCUGCGCAACUCCCACGACCCUCGGAGCUCCCACUCGCUAUUCGGGGUGCUCAACUACACGAGGACGCGUGGAGGAGCGCGCCGGCUCAGAGCCAACAUCCACGAGCCGCUGGUGGACGAAGAGACGCUCAGAGGCCGUCUCGACUGUGUGGAUGAGCUGAUGCAGGAAGACAACUUCUAUAGAGUGCAGGCCGCUAUCAGUCAGUUUCUGGAUGUAGACCACCUGCUCUCAAUGCUGAUUCAAAUCCCUAAGACAGAGACGUUGAGAACUGCUGAGUCUAAGAUCAACUACGCCAUCCACCUCAAGCAUGUCCUGGAGUUGGUGUCUCCACUGCAGCGAGCGCUUAGCCCCUGCAAGACUCCACUGCUGACAGCCUACCAGAGCUCCCUGUUGGACUGCAGGUUCCCUGCGAUCCUGGGCAAGCUGCGCACGGUGCUGACCGACGAUUUGCCCUUCCGCAAGGGCAACCUCCUCUCGGCCAGGACACGGCGCUGCCACGUCGUGCGCCCCGGCCUCAACGGCUUCCUGGACCUCGCUCGGCGCAUCCUCUCCGAGGCCGUCGGAGACAUCGAAGAGAUCAUCAAACAGCUCUCCGAGAUUCACAACCUGCCCAUGUCCAUGAGCUACAGCGCCGUGCGUGGCUUUUACAUCCAGACGUCCGCUCACUCCCUGCAGCCCGAACAGCGUCUGCCAGAGGUCUUCAUCAAGGUGAGCAAACGUGGGAACCUUCUCAGCUACACCACCAUGGACCUCAUGAGGCUGAACUGCCGCAGCCAAGAGGCCGUGGAGGAGAUCUACCUCAUGUCCAACGUGGUGUUGUCCAAGCUGUUUGCGGAGAUCCGGGAGGACAUUGUGUGUCUCUACAAGCUUGCUGACGCAGUGUCCAUGGUGGACAUGCUGCUGGCAUUUGCUCACCGCACCACGCUCACCAAGUCCGUCCGUCCGGAAUUCUCUGACACGCUGGCCCUCAAAGGGGCUCGCCACCCCAUCCUGGAGCGGGUGCUGGGCUGGCCGCUGGUGCCUAACGACGUCUUCCUGUCGGACGCCUCCAACUUCCUCAUUGUCACGGGGCCCAACAACAGCGGCAAGUCCACGCUGCUGAGACAGGUGGCACUCUGCCAGGUGAUGGCACAGAUCGGUUGCUUCGUGCCAGCCGACUUUGCCUGCGUGAGGAUCGCUGAUCAGAUCUUCACUCGCAUCGGUGUGGACGACGACAUCCAGCCACUCUCCUCCACCUUCACCAUCGAGAUGAGAGAGGUGAACUACAUAGUUCGCACAGCCACCGACCGCUCUCUGGUGAUCAUCGACGAGCUCGGGAGGGGCACCGGGGUCCACGAGGCCCUGGGGAUCUGUCACUCGGUCUGUGAGUGUCUCCUGCAGCGCAAGACGUUCACCAUCUUCGCCACCCACCACCUGGAGCUGAGCCACCUCUCUACCCUCUACCCCAACGUCUCCAACAGCCACUUCCUGGUGGAGUCGCGCAAUCAGCAGCAGCAGCAGCAGCAGCUGCCCUGGGCCGGCCGUCGUGACGGUAAAGCCGCUGGUGCCGACGACUCGCGGACGGUGCCACGUGUGACGUGCACGUACAAGCUGGUGCAGGGGCACACGCCGGACACGCACUACGGUCUGGAGAUGGCCACGCUGUCAUCGCUGCCGCCCUCCCUGCUGCGCGACGCCACGGGGCUGCUGGCUCGGAUCGGCGGCAAGAGCUGGCGUCAGGCCGACUCCGCGCCCGUGCUGCGCCGAGCGGCCGUCCACCGCCUCGCGACGCGGCUGGGCCAGGCGGCGCGACACUCGCGGCUGGACGGAGCCAGCCUGGCCACGUACCUGGGGUCGCUGAGACAGCGGUACCUCGACGAGCUGGAGCACAUCGCUGACGCCACCGCUAACACCCACUGA